UACAUGGGUCUGUGUCACUGCAAAGUAGAUUUACAGUAUAUGGCAAAACAGGCACAGAGCUGUAUCUGAAAUGACUGAAAGAGCCUUUGCAUUUGUAUGUGGAUGAGGAGUAACUGAAGAGCAUGUGAAGAGGAGACAAGGAAGGUAGAACAGAGUCCCCUCUCCCUACAAGAAGAUUCCAGUCCUCAAAACCACGGUUUUGUGCAAAGGAGGGCAAAGAUAAAAGGUAAAGAAAAGACUGAAGGUGAAAAGGAGUCGUUUGGGAGAGAGAAAACCUUCAAAAUACAGAGCUAAUAAUCUGAGCGAGCACAGGAAAGAAACCUACAGAGAUUCGAGAGUGAAGAAGGAAACAAGAAGAGAAGUGGGCCUGGGUAUGAAUCCAACUUGAAGUCAAGGAUCCCACCAUGGCGAGUCCUCCCCCGUAUUCUGAAAAGCCUAAAGCAUGGACCCCUCCUCCUCCGUCAGCACCUCCCAUGGGCCCUGUCAGACCUGGCCCUGCUCCACCACCGUACCCACCUUAUUAUGGCCCACAUGGCGUAGUAUACAACCAAGGACCAAUCCUUCAUCAACCACAGCCCAUCUUUAUUGCCGCAAUCCAUCGUGUAGAUGAACCUGAUUACAUGAUGUACUCCCUCUUUACUAUGCUUUGCUGUUGCCUACCUAUUGGCAUUGUUGCCAUGAUUUUCUCCUGCAAGACUCGAAGUGCCAAUAAUGCUGGAGAUGUCAGAAGUGCUCGGCAAUACUCCACGGUAGCACUUGCCUGUGCCCACACAGCGCUUGGAGUGGGCAUCUUGAUCAUGAUAUUUGGGAUUAUCUUGAGACUAAUACUUGCAAAGAAAACCCCUCAGUACAAUCCCUAAUAAGAAUGCAGUAAAAUUGAAGAGAUCAUGA